ACUAGCUCAGGGCGAUACAUCAGCUACUCUCGUGAUGACCUCGACAGUGAACUCGGCAGUGGCUCAUUCUCCAAAGAAUACCUCAACUAUCAUGUUCACAUACCCCCGACCCCGGAUAACCAACCUAUAGCAGUCACAAUGGACCCUUCAAUCUCUGCCAAGGUUGAAGAACAAUAUGUUUCCAGUUCCCUAUUCACCGGCGGAUUCAACAGCGUCACGAGAGCUCAUUUGAUGGAUAAGGUCACUGAGACCAAUAACCAGCACCCUCAAAUGGCCGGGUCAAAAGGUUCUUCAUGUGCAGUCCCCGGUUGUGAUGGCAAAGUUAUGAGCGAUGAACGGGGAGUUGACAUUCUCCCUUGUGAAUGUGAUUACAAGAUUUGUGCAGACUGCUUUACUGAUGCGGUAAAAUCCGGUGGUGCGGUGUGCCCGGGGUGUAAGGAAGCUUAUAAGGUGACUGAGGUUGAUGAAGUGAUGGCAAAUGCUGGUGUGGGAAGACCGGCCUUGUCAUUGCCUCCACCGCCACCGGGAGUGUCGAAGAUGGAGAGGAGGCUGUCAAUGAUGAAGUCUAGGGUUUUAAGCAGGAGUCAGACUGGAGAUUUCGAUCAUAAUAGGUGGUUGUUUGAGACGAAGGGGACUUAUGGGUAUGGGAAUGCAAUUUGGCCACAAGAGAAUGGGGGAGACAAUGGCGGGGGGGGGGGCCAUGAGCCUCUCACCAGAAAAUUGAAGAUUCCUGCGGCGAUCUUGAGUCCAUAUAGGCUCCUUGUCCUAAUCCGCCUCAUUGCUCUUGGCCUUUUUCUCUCCUGGAGAAUUACACACCAAAACGAUGAUGCCAUAUGGCUCUGGGGAAUGUCUAUUGUCUGUGAGCUAUGGUUUGCCUUCUCUUGGCUCUUGGAUCAACUUCCGAAACUUUGUCCCAUCAACCGCUCCACUGAUCUCGCUGUUUUAAAAGAAAAAUUUGAAACCCCCACAAUCAACAAUCCUACGGGCAAAUCUGACCUCCCGGGGAUCGACGUUUUUGUCUCUACUGCCGAUCCUGAAAAAGAACCCCCUCUUGUAACUGCCAACACAAUUUUAUCCAUCCUAGCAACGGAUUACCCCGUUGAGAAGAUAGCUUGCUAUGUCUCUGAUGACGGUGGUGCCCUUUUGACAUUUGAAGCCAUGGCUGAGGCUGCGAGCUUUGCUAACCUCUGGGUCCCUUUUUGCCGGAAGCAUAAUAUUGAGCCGAGAAACCCGGAGAGCUACUUCAAUUUGAAACGAGAUCCUUACAAGAAUAAGGUUAAGUCUGACUUUGUGAAGGAUAGGAGGAGGUUGAAACGUGAGUAUGAUGAAUUCAAGGUGAGGAUCAAUGGGUUGCCGGAUUCAAUUAGGCGGCGUUCUGAUGCGUACCAUGCUCGGGAGGAGAUUAAGGCAAUGAAGAGGCAGAGGGAGAUGGUUUCUGAUGAACCACUGGACCCGGUUAAGAUUUCGAAGGCAACUUGGAUGGCUGAUGGGACUCAUUGGCCAGGGACUUGGAUUCAUCCUUCAUCGGAGCAUACCCGUGGUGACCAUGCAGGAAUUAUUCAGGUAAUGCUGAAGCCUCCAAGUGAGGAACCACUCCUUGGCGGCAGCAUCGACGAUGGCAAUCCUCUAGACUUCACAGAAGUCGACAUUCGGCUGCCCAUGCUCGUUUAUGUCUCUAGGGAGAAGCGUCCUGGCUACGAUCAUAACAAGAAGGCUGGUGCAAUGAAUGCCCUAGUCCGAGCCUCUGCCAUCAUGUCGAAUGGUCCCUUCAUCCUUAAUCUCGACUGUGACCACUACGUGUACAACUCACAGGCUCUUCGAGAGGGAAUGUGCUUCAUGAUGGACCGUGGUGGGGACCGCCUCUGCUACAUCCAGUUCCCACAGCGGUUUGAAGGUAUUGAUCCUUCUGAUCGAUACGCCAACAGGAACACUGUGUUUUUUGAUGUCAACAUGCGCGCUCUUGAUGGCCUCCAGGGUCCAGUCUAUGUAGGUACAGGUUGCCUCUUCCGCCGCAUCGCUCUGUACGGGUUUGACCCUCCUCGCUCCAAAGAUCACACCCCCGGAUGUUGUUCCUGCUGCUUUCCUCGCAAGAAAAACAAAUCCAUCUCCUCCACUGUCGAAGAAACCCGAGCCCUUCGCAUGGGUGAUGACUCCGACGAAGACGAGCAGAUGAAUCUCUCCACCUUCCCCAAGAAGUUCGGCAACUCGAGCUUUCUUAUCGAUUCCAUCCCCGUCGCCGAGUUCCAAGGCCGUCCCCUUGCCGACCAUCCCGCCAUCAAGUAUGGCCGCCCGCCUGGUGCCCUAACUCUCCCGCGGGACCUCCUCGAUGCUUCAACCGUCGCCGAGGCCAUUUCCGUCAUUUCAUGCUGGUACGAGGACAAGACCGAGUGGGGCGUGCGUGUUGGUUGGAUAUAUGGCUCGGUUACUGAGGAUGUUGUUACCGGAUAUCGCAUGCACAACCGAGGGUGGCGUUCAAUAUAUUGCGUGACAAAGCGUGACGCCUUUCGUGGGACUGCUCCGAUCAAUCUAACUGACCGACUCCACCAGGUUCUCCGGUGGGCAACCGGCUCGGUCGAGAUUUUCUUCUCAAGAAACAAUGCCCUCUUUGCCUCCUCCAAGAUGAAGAUCCUUCAAAGGAUCGCAUAUCUCAACGUGGGCAUUUAUCCUUUCACCUCCAUCUUUCUCAUCGUCUACUGCUUUCUCCCGGCGCUCUCGCUAUUCUCUGGCCAGUUCAUUGUCAAGAAUCUUAAUGUGACUUUCCUAACUUACCUUUUAAUCAUCACGGUUACCCUCUGCAUGCUGGCUGUGCUUGAGGUCAAAUGGUCAGGAAUCGAACUCGAAGAGUGGUGGCGAAACGAACAGUUCUGGCUCAUCGGAGGCACAAGCGCACAUCUCGCAGCAGUACUUCAAGGACUUCUAAAAGUCAUUGCUGGCAUCGAGAUAUCCUUCACACUUACUUCGAAAUCUGGAGGUGAUGACGUGGACGACGAGUUUGCUGACCUUUACAUUGUGAAGUGGACUUCUCUGAUGCUACCACCGAUUACCAUCAUGAUGGUGAAUUUGAUAGCGAUUGCUGUUGGGGUCAGUCGAACUAUUUACAGUGUGCUGCCUCAGUGGAGCAGGUUGCUCGGCGGUGUGUUCUUUAGCUUCUGGGUUUUGGCGCAUUUGUACCCAUUUGCGAAAGGGUUGAUGGGGAGAAGAGGGAGGACUCCGACGAUUGUGUUUGUUUGGUCAGGGUUGAUUGCGAUCACGAUAUCCUUACUCUGGGUCGCUAUCAACCCGCCGUCGCAAACGAAUCAGAUCGGUGGCUCUUUUACUUUCCCUUGAAAGGGCUGUUGGUUAACUCGAACAGAGAAACAUUGCAGAAUAUUUGUUACAUUUAUGUUAAUAUGUUACAUUUAUGUUGGUUGUUAUUGUAGAUGGCCGUUGAAGAUUGUUGAAUAUGUUGAUUUUAGCUCAGGAUAUGAGAGCUUUGGUGUUUCAGUUCAGUUAGAAGUUUAUUCAGAGGAGAGUUUCUUCAAAUUUUGUAAGAGUUAAAAACCUAUCUUAAUUUAAUCGAAGUUCUUUCAUUUGAUUGUUUA